UCCACUCACAAGAUGUCAGAAAGUCACUCAGUUCUAUCGAAUAUUCUUAAAAGAGGCAGGCUGACCUUUCCUGGUAACAGUACAAGAUAUUGCAGCUUUAAAGAUUCUUGCUCUCCUUCCAUAUUUCAUGACAGUGGAUACAAUGAAUCAUUAAAAGACCCCAGCUUUGAUUAUACUGAUGCAGAACGUAAGGGAGUUCAGAAUGAAAGAAGUCUGCCUGAGUAUUCUAAAUAUUCACAUUCUGGUUUAUGCACUUCAGUAUCAUCUCCUACUGAACAUGAAAAUGUUAGUUUUUUAUCAGAAAGAAGGGAUGCCAGUCUGCAUUCAGACUUUUCUGAAACGCCCAAAGUUGCUAAAAAAGACUUGUCACUCCGCAGAAGACUGCUUGUGUCCAAAGCAGCUUCUGUCGGAGCUGUGGGAUGCUCUGAAAGACAAGCUUGUUUGGGGAGCAGCCAGAAAAAAAUAUCUGCAUCUCACUUCUUAAGUUUUGAUGAAAGAGUUUCAAGAUGUGUCGUGGAUUCUCCAAGACUGACAAAUUAUAAGCCUUUGGCAACCAGUACUUUAAAAAUGGAAGACCCUUCUCCUAAUUGUCAGAAACUAAGGCAUGUGUUUUCACAGCAGAGGACUUCUACAAUAGAUGACUCAAAACCUCAGAGCAGCCGGUUGUCAGAGACAGCUUGUUUAUCUCCAAUCCAGCCUAAAUCUUCUUCAAACUCUUUUGUUGUGAACACACCUAAUAGCUUUGUUGACAGCGCCCUUACUAGUUUUAGCACUCAAAGCACUUACUCAGAGUUAGUUAGGACUCCUCAAUGUAUGUUGUCUGAGACCAGUGUGGAUGGAUUUGUCACACCUAUCAAUAGGCUUAUAGAAGGCUUUCACUUUAAUACAUCUGAGAUAAACCGUUCUCCAAUUAAAGCAGCAAGUGACUUGGAACUCUUAACUUCUGAUAGUAGCAGCUGUAAUUCAUUUAGUUUAGAUAAAUCUGAAGAUUCCUUGACAGAUCAGGAGGGAUCUUUCCAAGAAUUACUUCAAAAACAUAACGAAUCAUCUGUUUUUAUGAAUGCUAAAAAAAAGGUAAGAAUAAGAAAGCUGCAGCGUUCCAGAAGACUAUCCACUCUUUCAGAAUGUGGCUCACAAUCGGAAAAAGAGGAAGACUGUGCUAUUACUUUUUCUCAUUCAAAAUGCCAGCAGAAAACAGUGGAUGGCUCUAUCAGUGAAGACAGUAAACAAUUUUUUAAUGAGGAUGAUAAACACAUGGUUUUGAAUUUUGGAGAUCUAUCAAGAACCCCUGCUUUGCAAAUGAUUCAUGCGGUCUUUAUGCAAAACAGUACAAAGCAAAAUGACCUAUCUAGGAACAUAGAUGGAACUGACAUGUCUUUUCUGAAGUGUAUUGUUGCUAGGCUCAUUGGCAAGAAAAUGGGCCUUGAAAAACUAGACAUAUUAACAGAAUUAAGAGAGAGAGACUUAAAACAUGUUCUUGGUAUGAUUUUAGGUAUCAUGACUGUGGAAAGCCUAUGCAGUAUGUGGAAAGUAAGCAAAAACUGGCGAGAAAUUGUUGUACAAGAUAAGCAUGCAAAUCGGCGAAGGAAGCUAUACAUAAAACAGUUGAGAACAGAAGCUAAGGGACGCAUGCCUGAUGCUGAAGAUGCUGCCACAAGGCUUAUGAUGGCUAGAUUUGCACUAAGACCGGUCCAGGCUCAAGCAAAACCAGCAUUUUUACAGAUGGCGUCCUCUUGGUUAGAAGUUUUGACGCCUGUGGGAUGCAGCCCUCUUCAUCAAUCAGCUAGUAAGCAGGAAGCAUAUAUAAAGGUUGCCAAAACUCUCUUGAGUGAUGAAGCUUUAAAAUCCUGCCCUAGGUGUCAGUGCCCUGCUAAAUAUCAGCCCUUAAAGAAACGUGGACUUUGUAGCCGAGAAGACUGUGCAUUUGACUUCUGCAUUUCAUGCCUAUGUGCUUUCCAUGGAUCAAAAGAUUGUUACAGUUCAUCUGCUAAAUGGAAAAACAGAAAAAAUGCUCUGCCAGGAAGUGCCAAAAGCAAAAGAAAUUUAAAACGUCUUUAAACAUAUAGGAAUCAAUUGAACAUAUUCCCCUACCCCUUUUCCCAAAACUGUAUGAUAGUAUUUUAAUAAUUAUG